GUUGAGUGUUACUGACAGCAGGCCUAUGAGAUCUCAUGUAUUCAGGGUAAAACUUGCUCAGUAAGCAAAUAGGAUGGAUUUCAAGUUGAGAAUUGACUAUUCCCUUAAAAAGUUGUGAGGCUUGCACAGUGUGGCUGUAUGGUGAUGUGAAUGGAAGGAAUUGUGCUUGUAGGUGGAUGAUUCGUAGGGUAUACAAUGCUCCAUGGAGGCCCCUCUCAACAAGAGAGCUUCAUUAUAGUCCUUCUUUUACCUGUGCUACUCAUUUUAUUGUCUAUGCAUUUAUCUGUGUCCUAGAACAGAGAUAUUUGUCCUAAGAAUGGGAGAGAAAAUGGGAAUGUCAUUUCAAUCAUUGGGAUCUCAUUUCAAUCAUUUUAUCUCUAACAGGACAGUACUUGAUCCAUCCAGUAUGUCAUUUUCUUCUUCCAGCCCAAGUACCUCCUCAUCAGCUUCUCUAAGUGAAAAUGAAAGUAAAAUAAACCUCUUAAGUACUAGCUCAUCUGAAUUGGUCUUAGGGCCACAAAGUGAAGACUUUACCAAGGAUUUGUCUUGUACCCUGUGCCUGGAAUGGUUUCAAGAUCCAGUGAUAUUGCCUUGUGGCCACAACUACUGUAAAUCCUGCAUUGAAGGCAUUUGGGUCAAGAUGGUAGUUUGCUCCUGUCCCGAGUGCCAAGCAGAGUUUCCAAAUAGGCAGUACAUUGCUAACUCUGUGCUAGGAAAGGUAGUAGAAAGGAUCCAGGCCUUUCACAUGGAGAGAUUCCAGCAGAAAUGCAGGGAACACUCUGAGCCCCUUACGCUGUUCUGGAAGAUGGAUGGGAAACUGGCGUGCUUUCUCUGCAGAGAUUCCCAGAAGCCUGAAGAUCAAAGCUCCCAAUUCCUUCUCCUGUCAGAGGCUGUGCAAUUGUAUGUGGAACAUCUGAUCUCGGCCAGAACUCAUGUGGAGUCCACUCUGCAGGAAUUAAAAACAGUGAAAAAUGCUCAGCAAGAGAAGAUCUCAUGCCACAAAGAAAACAAGAUGCUUCUUCAACAAAACAUCAGCUUACAGUGUCUAAAACUUCACCAGUUCCUUCAUAGCAGGGAGAGAAGAUUAAUGAAUGAGCUGCAGGAAGAGGGGAAGAUCUACCUUCAAGAAAUGGAGGCAAAUCUAAAUAUUCUCCAAGAAAAGUGCCACCAAGCAAAGGAGACACUGUUACGCAUUCAGUCCCGGCUUUACCAGCACAAUUUCAUCAGCUUCCUAACAGGUAUAAAACCCUUUAUGGAAAGCUUGGAGAAAAAUAUAUCCGCUCUAUCUAAGGGGGAUAUGGUUUCCCAAGAGCUGAACCUAGGACAACUCAAGGGUCCAAUCCAAUACACUUUGUGGAAGGGCAUGAAAUCCAUCCUCAACCCAGGUCUGUCCUCUAUAACUCUGGAUCCUAAUACAGCACAUCCAAAUCUCAUUCUGUCUGAAGAUCUGACCUGUGUGAGACAUGACAACACAAAGCAGAUGCUCCCAGACACUCCAGAGAGGUUUGACUCCAGUGUUGCUGUCCUGGGAUCUGAAGGGUUCACCUCAGGGAAACAUUAUUGGGAAGUGGAAGUAAAGAACAAGACAAAAUGGACUUUGGGAGUGGUUAAGGAGUCCAUUAACCGGAAAGGGAACAACACAUUAACACCCAUGGAUGGAUACUGGCUUAUAAAGCUGAGGAACAGGAAUGAACUUAAAGCACUGGAUAGAGUCACCACGAGUCUGACACUGAGCACUAACGUUUCUAAGGUUGGGGUGUAUCUGGACUACGAGGGGGGACAGGUGUCCUUUUAUGAUGCUAAUAGGAUGUCUCAUAUCUAUACUUUUAUGGACACUUUCACAGAGAAAAUUUACCCAUACUUUUGUCCAUGUUUGAAUGACUCUGGAGAGAACAGUGAACCACUGAAAAUCUUCAGCAAGAGGGACCAGAUGUAACAGCAACUCCACUGGCGAAACACAUGUUUGUAGACACCAGUGUUUGAAGCCAUAGGCCUUAUAAAAUUAAUAGCAUGUCAUUCUCUAAAACUGGUGAAAAUGCUGCAUGUAGCUUUGCAGUCCCUUCCAACCCACACAGCAUCAUUAGUGUUUAGUUUGUAUCACUCUUACCUUUGAUAUUUUCUAGUAUAGGGGAAUAGUCUGGGGAUUGGAAGGGUUUUCAGGUAACACUGAUGGGCAGGAACUUUGCCUUGCCUGAGUUCUGGCUUAUCUCACUGUUCUGUGCUGAGGGACAACCAUACUCCUCAUUUGACAAACGUAACCAGAUCUUUUGGGCUGGGAUCUUGAAAGGGUGGGAAACAAACUGAGCAAGUCCAGUGAGGAUGGGGUAAGAAACCACUAAGGAGCCAGAUGAGAGUGGGAUUUGGCUAAAAUACAGGGAAGAGGGGAUAUUUGGAUAAGGGAGUGUAAGUCCUAGCCAGGCGUUGAAGUAUUGUGGGAAGAGUGCUGAAAAUUACUAUAUUUCCAUCAUUGUUCAAUGGUUAAGGGGACCUUCUUUGGCAAGGGUUAGGUCAGUCUUCUCUGCAUAUAUAAUAGGCUCACAUGUCCAGCGCUGGGGAUAUUCUGUUUAGUCAGUUUAGUGCUUGACAUACCAUUCUCUAUAUACAUGCAAUUUAAAAUGAUAAAAUUAGAAACAGGUAGGGGCAAAGGUGAAAUACAAAGAACAACAGAGGGUUUCUGACAGCUACAGAGAUUUUAUUGCUAAACACGACUAGGGCAAAAAAAAGUGGACCUGGGGUGACCAAUUAUUGUACUAAAGUUGGAACAGGUUACCACUGGCUGCUGGCAAUGAGCCAGAUCUUUAAAGGGAUUUAGGUAUCUAAGGAUACAGGGAGCUGCCUACUGGGAUUUUGUAAGACACUUAUGUGCACUUAUGUGUAAAUUCAGCUAAGUGCCCUUUUGCAUGUUUAGGUGCCUAAAUAUACCACAAUUGACAAAUCUGGCCUAGGAACUCAGCAAGGCCAAAAAGAGAGAGAUUUUUCCCCCCAGCUACUUAUUGCCAUUUUGCAGCUAUCAGCUCAAUCUCUGUCUUGUCUCUGUACCAGAAUGCCAAGUUCUGCUGUCCUGUCAUGUAAAGUGUUUUUUCCCUCCCAAUGUAAGCUCUAUUAAGUUAUGAAAGAGGAGGAUCUAGGAAGUCAGACCACAGCACUACUGAAAUAUAUAGGCAUGAGAAAGAUGCUAACCUCUUAACUUUGAAGUCAAUAGCAAACUUUCAAAAACCUGAAUGGGGGAAGGACAAUCACCAGAUCUUCUCGUGAUUAAGAAUUUUAAAACCCUCAAAAGUAGUGCAGAAAAGUGGGAGAAUGGAGCGGAAUGUAAAAAUAUCCAGAUAUGGA